AUGAAGCCCAUUUGCUCGACCGCUUAUGCUGUGAAGCUUUUGGAGUUCUUCCCCUGGAUGGAUGACGUGCUUAAGUUGAUGUACCUGAAUAGAUCCUGGAAGAGAGUCAUCCUCGACGUGAUCAACAACACCAACUUCCUCAGGGGGAAAAAAAUAAUGCGGCUCAAAAACAGGAGGAGCAUUUUUCUCAUUCUCAAUGAACUAAUUAUUGGAUCAUGUAACCCUAACCCCUUGUUCUUCAACUACAUCCAGAAUAGCUUCCCCCGUCUGAUGUGUUUCAAGUUAAUCAUUACCUCUCCUGUGUGCAUCCCGUUACUCAAAAAUUUUUGUUUUAAUUCCAAGCACCUGAGGUACAUAAUAAUUUGCAUCGUGAAUCGGCAGCUGGUCACAGAUUAUCGGGAGAAGUUGGAGAAAAACUUGAGUAACUUUUUUCGCCAGUGGGGCAUAAACGUCACGCUCAUAACGGAGCUGGGCGCGUAG